AUGGGUUUAUUGCAGUCUCAACCUGAAUUUGUCCAGGUUUUGGCUGAUAAAUCUGUAAGAGCUGGAGACACCGUCACUCUUCAGUGUGAGGUGAACACAGAAUGGUUAACGGUGAUGUGGGAGAAAGAUGGGCAGAAGCUGCACUGUGUUCACGAUAAACACAUCAUGAAGCAGGAAGGUCAAUUACUGACCCUGGAAAUCAGGAACGCUGAGGAGAAAGAUGAUGGGAGUCAGGGUCAGAUGGUCACUGAACUAGAAGCCUUUGUAAUUCAGCGUGAUGAAGUCAGAGAGCUCAACUUCCUUCUGUGUGGACCAAUUGGAGCAGGGAAAUCCAGCAUCAUCAACACCAUCAAUACCAUCUUUAAAAAACGGAUAUAUGUCACUCACCAAGCUUCCUCUUUUACAGCUAGAUUUCAGAAAUGUAAAGUUGGAACUGCACAGGACAGAUUUCUCCCCUUCGUCCUUUAUGAUACCAUGGGGCUGGAUAGUGGAGACAACGCUGGGAUGCAUCCGGACGACUUUAUCACUGCUGUUAAAGGUCACAUGAAGGAGGGCUAUCAGUUUAACCCCAUAAACCCACUGAACGAAAACAGUCCUUAUUAUCGGGAAAAUCCCAGCCUGAGUGACAGGAUGCACUGCCUGGUGUUUGUUAUACCAGCAGACAGGAUUUCCAGGAUGGACAGUGUCAUCAUCCAAAAAAUGAAGAACAUAAAAAAUGCAGCGACCGCCAUGGGUCUCCCUCAAGUGAUUUUAAUGACGAGAGUGGACCAGGCCUGCACACUGACAAACAAUGAUCUGCACUACGUCUACAACAGCAAGAAGAUUAAAGAUAAAAUGCUUGAAUGCCAACGUGCACUGGAUAUCAAGAUGAACUGUAUCUUCCCCGUGAAAAACUAUCACGAGGAAACUGACAUCAGCGAGGACGUAAACUGCCUGAUGCUGCACGCCUUAACACGAAUCGUACAGUGGGCUGACGACUAUGUAGACAAAUAUUCCAACAAUUAA